AUGUCCGGUGUUUCGGCUCCCGUGAGGCCCCGCGGGACGGUGGCUGUUGCCCAUGACCAGCAGAGGCCCCGGGAGGCUGGCUGUGGGGAGAGUAAAGUUCUUCAGCCAGCACGGGGGCGAGGUCAACUUCUCUGCCUUUUCCCCCCCAACGGCCAGAUCCUGCUCACAGCCUCAGACGAUGGCUGCGUGUACGGUUGGGAGACCCACAGCAACAGGCUGCUGUGGAGGCUGGAGGGCCACACAGGCCAGAGGCCUCUGGGCGUCCUGUGCUCCUGCCCCAGGUCCCCGGACGGCCGCCUCUGUGCCAGCACGUUCUGCGACUGCACCAUCUGCCUCUGGGAUGUGAGAGCCAAGUGUCUGCGGGUGCUGAAGGGCCACCAGCACAUUGUGGAGACCGUGAGCUUCAGCCCAGACUCCAGGCACUGGGACAAGCGGGUGAUGCUGUGGGAGGUGCAGUCGGGCCAGAUGCUGCAGCUCCUGGCCAGGCACCGGGGCUGGGUGCAGAGCAGUGACUUCUCCCCCAGGGGUGACUGCCUGGCCACUGGCUCCUGGGCCUCGACGCGCGUCUGGGACCUGCGUGCAGGGACCCCAGUAGUCUUCCAGCAGGAACUCAAGGGCCACGGGAGCAACAUCAGCUGUCUGUGCUACUCUGUGUUGGGUCUCCUGGUGAGCCUUGGGUUCCUGGACAAGACCGUUCACAUCUGGAAGCCGACAACCAGCAGCCUGCUUGUACAGCUCAAGGGCCACAGCACCUGGGUCAGGAGCAUCGCUUUCUCCCCUCAGCUCUGGCUACUCCAUACUGGGCAGCAUGCUGGCCUGGCCUACUCCUCCCACUUCCUUUCUUCCCAGGUCAAGGUCUGGGACUGCAGCACAGGGAAGUGCCUGCAGACUGAAGGUAGGGGAGUCCUGGAUGUGGCCCACACGUGUGCCUUCACCUCCGACGGGAAACUGCUGGUGUCUGGGGCUGCAGACCACGCAGGACGUGAGGCCCGUGGCUCCUCUGGGCGCUCACAGGUCUGUGGGAUGUUCCAGCACUGCACAUGGCCCGACCUCUCCCCGCUGCCAGCCCAGGGCACACAGGUAGGGUAG